AUGAAUCCAAAAAAUGUAAUUCAGUUUGCGCAUCUAAUAGAAGAGUUAAAGUUGAAGAAGAGAACGGGAUGGAUCAAUUCUGGCAUCGAACUGCCAGAGUCAAUUUCUGAUCAUAUGCAUCGAAUGAGCCUCCUCGCCUUACUCGCACCACCUACCCUCAACAAAUCCCGUUGUGUGGAAAUCGCCAGCACGCACGACAUUGCCGAGUCGAUUGUCGGCGACAUUACCCCAUUUGACGGGAUAUCUAAACAGGAAAAGCAUAGCUUGGAAGCUGAUGCUAUGACGCGGAUACAAGAUAUGCUUGGAAACACGGAGCAUGCAAAACACAUUCAUGAAUUGUGGCUGGAAUACGAGAAUUGCUCGUCGGAUGAGGCCAGAUUCGUCAAGGAUUUGGAUAAGGUGGAGAUGCUGAUACAGGCUUUUGAAUAUGAGAAGAGUACGUUGCUGGAUGUCGGAGGAGUCUUUUUGUAA